AUGUCGAGCCAAUUCAAAAUCAGUAAGGACAAUUCCACUAAUUGGGGCAAUCGAGAAGCCAACAAAGCGAGGCAACCUGUGUCUGGACAACUAGCUGAAAUGGAUACUUGGGCUGAUAAGGGUGCUAAAAUGGAUUCAGAUGCAGGUGAUGAUAAUUGGGAGAAGUCAUCCAACACUCCCGAGGCAUCAAAUAAAAAUCAGAAAAUACAUGGGACAAAAGAAAAGGAGAUGGAGAGUUUGAAUGUAGAUCAGGACACGUGGGGAAAUGUCGGGGGCAAAAAGAAGGCGUAUGGUAACUCGCCAAUGGGAAUAACAAAUGCAAGCACUUACAAACGGAAGAAGACAAAUGCUGAUCAUGAUUCCUCCUAUAACAAUGUGAUGCCACCAUCAGACAAUGCUUGGAAUGCUGGAGAUGGAAUUGGAAGACCAAAUGCCAAGUCUAAUGCAGGAUCCAGUUGGGGUGAGAAAGAUAAGAUGGAGUCUGAUGAGCAUCUGAAAGUCCCAAAAGAAUCAGACACAUGGAAUACAGGGAAAUCAAAUGAAAGUCCAUGGGAUAACACUGAUGCACUACAGGAUUCCUGGGUUAACAGUGCAACUCGCAAUAACAACGCUCAGGAUGGUUCAUGGGACAAAGUAGUAGCUAUAAACGACAAAAAAGAUCAGCAAAAGAGAUGGAUUGAGGGACGGAGAAGAUAG